ACUCCCGUCGGCAAUUCCCAGCAAUCGGUUGCUCGGCAACAGCCUUUUCUGUUGCUCUGGGUUGCUGAAGUGCUGCCAAAUGCUAUUCAGGGUUGUUCAAAAAUUGCCCAAUAUGUCGGCAACAUCCGACGAUCGCCGACGGUCGCGGAGCGUGACGUCACGAUAAUUAUAACCAAUGAACGAGCUGUUGCUCUCGAUCGCCGAGAAGUUGAAUAUUUUGAACUUUCUGGCUGUCGCUGAGGUGUUGCUGGAUGGUACUGCAGUACGAGCAUGCAGCUAUGGAGCAGCAAAUAGAUACCCAGCAACUGAUAGAGGAGGUGGAGCGGCGCCCUCUACUGUGGGAUCUCAGUGUUCCACAGUACUCAAAUAAAACAGUAAAAGAUGGUGCUUGGCGUGCUGUCGGAGAGGCCUGUGGCUGUUCAGGCGCCGCGGCGCAGGCGAGGUUCAAAAACCUGAGAACGGCGUACCAGAGGAGGAAGCAAAAGCUCCCUAGCGGGUCCGGGGCCCAGCAGACUCCCAGGAGGCCGCACCCGUACGACCUACCGUUUUUGGACAGGGUCAGGCGGCGCGCGGAGUAAGUUACACUACACUGUAUUGUCAUUGACAAAUUGGCGACCUAUGAGUAUUUACCUAGCGUUCCGCGAUGCUCAUUGAUUUAACCCGCGCAUGACUGGGGUAUUUUCCAUAACGCGAGUGACUGACGAGGGGGGCUCUUCAGAGCCCCCCCCCCCCCCCUCCUAUCUCCGAAACUAGGCGGGGCCGAUCGUCAAAAUUCAAACGCCAUCUGAUAGCCCUGCAAAAAUUGUCGAGCGAAACCUAUUUUCAUUGACCUCAAGGUCACUGAUGACCUCACAGGUCAGGUCAAAGUAAAAAUUAUCGGCAUUUUUGCUUGUUCACAAUUUAGGCUCUGGCUGCCGGCUGACAAGUCCGAUCAGGAUCAUUUCUGGUUUACGCACUCCUUGAUAUAUGCCUUAGAUACCCUGAGGGUACCGAACCUUAACUGUGAAUUUCCGACGAGCGACCGACGACGUCGACGGGCAGCUGGCCACCGAACUGGAGGAGAUGCGGCGUGGGCGCACCCAGUUUGACCCCGAGUGUGUCCACUGGGGCAACAUCAUAAUGAGCGAGAUGCAGGCACUGGAGCGUGGGGGCGAUGCCCGUCGGGAAUUCCGCGGCAAGCUGGCGCGCCUUGUCGCCGAGCUUUACCAGUAGCUCUUGUGAUCUGUGAUGAUGUGAUGUAGACGCGCGUUUUUGUGAUUGUUUUGUAGCUGUUUUGUUUUGUAGUUUUGCCAUGAGCCUACUGCAGUCGGCUCAUGGCAGCCAUUGGUGCCACUGGUUACCUGUUGGUAUUGUUACAACACCUGUUGUAAGGGUUACCUGUCGUUACAAUACCUGUUGGUAUUGUAAAUGUAAUAAAGUUCGCAA